UUUCACGCAAGGACAGGAGUAUGACCUAAACAACAAACGUUUUCCGAAGGAUUUUUUGUUUGGGGUAGCCACUUCAGCAUAUCAAAUAGAAGGUGGUUGGAAUGAAGAUGGCAAAGGUCUAUGUUUGUGGGACAACUAUACCCACAACCAACCAGAUCGAAUUCUCGAUGGCAGUAAUGGAAACAUAGCUUGUGAUUCCUAUCACAAAUACAAGGAAGAUGUCUCCAUGCUGAAGACGAUUGGUGUCAACCUGUACCGAUUUUCAAUUUCCUGGUCUAGGAUCCUCCCCAACGGUCUCGCCAAUAACAUCAAUGAGAAGGGCGUGCAGUAUUAUAAAAACCUCCUCAGCGAACUCAAGGCCAAUGGUAUAGAACCGUUUGUCACUCUCUACCACAAUGAUUUACCGCUAGCACUUGAAGAAAUGGGGGGUUUCCUCAAUGAAUCCUUCCCAGACUGGUUCGCAGACUAUGCUAGAGUGUGCUUCGAUCGAUUUGGUGACGAUGUUAAUUUAUGGGGAACCUUCAACGAACCAUCCCUUACAUGUCCUGGAGGUUACGGAAGAGGUGACACAGCUCCCGAAGUUAAGUAUUCAGGAUUUGGAGAAUAUAUAUGCGGGCACCACGUUAUUAAGGCACAUGCAAAGGCGUAUCACAUUUAUGAUGAGGAAUUUAGGAGUCAACAGAAUGGACGUAUUUCCAUGGUCCAGUCAGUCAAUUAUGGAUUACCAAGAUCGAACAGCUCUGAAGAUAUUCAUGCUUCGGAACUGAAACUGGCAUUUGAUUUGGGUUGGAUGUUGCAUCCAAUAGUAUAUGGUGACUAUCCCGAAAAGAUGAAACUUCGCGUUGCAAGUCGCAGCAAGUUUGAAGGUCUUGAGAAAUCGCGCCUUCCAGAGUUUACUGAAGAAGAGAAAGCGUACAAUAAGGGCACGAGCGACUUUGUUGCCAUCAAUGCUUACACCAUUUGUGAGGUAUCUCCUGCUCCAGAACCGCCAGCAAAUUCAACUCCUUCCAUAAAUACGGACUGGGGAGUGCAAAUCUUCUGGGGAAUGGAAGGCACCUCCGGACUUGGAAAACUGCUCGUACAGAUAAAAAAUCUUUACGCUGAUCCUGAUAUAAUGGUUUCUGAAAAUGGACUACAAUUACAGGAUAACGAUCCAGAAGACAUUCAAAGAAAGGAAUAUAUUGGGAAAUCCAUGAGUCGAUUCAAAGACGCCCUGGAUCAAGAUGGAGUUAAACUUUUUGCAUACACACUAUGGUCUUUGAUGGACAACUUUGAAUGGAAUUUUGGCUACACGAUUAAAUAUGGAGCCUAUGCUGUAGACUUCAAUAGUCCUAACAGGACCAGAACUCCCAGACCAUUAGUGGAUUGGUACAAUAAUGUUAUUAAAACUCGUUGUUUAGUAGAUACAUGUAUGGAUUGAAAAAUAAAAUUAAUUUCGAUUGUCAAGUUGAGGGAAUUCGGUCGAAAUGUUAAAAAAAAAAAAUUGAAAUGAAAAAAUUUAUUAAACGAUAUGUUGAUGAUAUAAGUUUUAUGUAUGAAAAAGAAAACGUAGAUAGAAUAUCAACAACAUUCAAUAGUUAUCAUCCCAAACUUCAGUUCACCGUAGAAAAAGAAUAAGAAAUGAUAGAAUUGCUUUUCUGAAUGUUUUGCUGAUAAAAUCUAACAACAAAAUUAUAACUGGCGAGUACCAUAAACCAACAUACUCUGAAAGACUCAUUAACAAUCACUCUAUUCAGCCAAUGACACAAAAAAUUAACAUCAACAAUCCUAAAUACAGAGCUACACACUUAGCACAUGGGAAUUUUAAAAACCAAAACCUAAAACUAAUAGAAACCAUGUUACUUAAGAACUACUAUCGUAGAUCUUUGACUAAAAAAUUAGUUCAUUCCGACAAAGCGAAUACACAAAAAAACACUGUUGAACAAUAAAUAUUCCAAAUAACUGCAUGUAGUAGGUUUGACACCGCAACUAUGCAAGGUUCUAGAAAAUGUAAAUUUCAAAAUCAGUAUGAAAUGUGAAAACAGUUAAAAAUCAUUUUUU